GCUCAUCUCUCAUAACAAUUGUCCGGUACAAUCUCAAAAAGUUACAAUUUCAAAAGACUUUUCCAUCUGUAAUCAUCAGCACAUAUAACCGCAAAUCUCAAAAUGGCUAUCACUGAAAGAGUUAUCUUAUCUGUCAGCGGAGGAGUUGAAGAAUGGAAGGAUGAUCUCAAAGUCAUGCUCCAAACAUUGAAGGCUCAGGAUGGUUAUCUUCGCACUCGCUGGGGACCCCACAGCGAAGAUCAACAAAAACUCGAGCUUCUCAUUGGUUGGGAAUCUACUGAGGCUUUAGCUACAUUCAAAGAAACCCCCGCUUUCCAAGAAAUGUUAACCCAAGUGAAAUCAAACCUCACUGCCCCCCCAAACAUCGUCAUUAUCGAAUUCAAACCCUACGCCCCCAAAGAAGUCAUCGACGCGCACUUCGUCCAAAUGCUCACCAUCGAGCAAGGCGCCUCCUCCGAAGACGAUCUCCGGGCUCAAGUAACCAAGUUCAAGGAUCUAGAAGGUUGCACCGGCGUCGCCUCGGGUCUUUCCAAAGACGACGUAGAUGGGAAGGGGAAAGUCUUCAUAGCGGCCGUGGGAUGGGAAAGUCUCGAGGCGAGCGAGAAGGCGAAGGAAAGCAAGGUCGUGGUGCUCAGUGGUGCCGAGAGUCACCACGUGAACUUUAGAUUCCCUAUCAAGGGUUUCCGCGGGUUGUAAAGAGGCGUUGUGAAUACUUUGGAUAGUGAUGAGUAGAGCUUAUCGUGCAACUUAAAAGCUGGUCUGGAUUGGAUUUUGAAUUGGCUGCUGGAUUAGUCGAUAGGGUAUUACGCUCCUUUUUUUAAUCUUCUUUUGGUUAAUAAGAUAUGAAAAAAAAAAAUUGACUGAAAUUGUUA